AACAUGGCGCACCCGAUCAAAACCACGACAAACCUCACUCCAACCUCUCCGCUACUAGCCCUUCCUCCUCCUGGCACUUUCGACAUACUCCCAACCCUUCACGAACUCCUUUCCCGCGUCGCCUUGCAACAGACCGACCCAAACCUCCACACAGCGAACUCGAAUCUUUCAGACAGCGUUCCAGAAGGCACAUCAUACAUUGGACUGGCACCUCUCGCGCCGAAAGACUUACCGACCGCGGUACUGGAAGUGAAAGCGAAGAUCCGCGCGGCAUUGAGAGCUGUCGAAGGACUACCGGAUGUGGAGAGAAGUCUAGAAGAGCAGGAUGAAGAGAUCGCAGAAUUGGAAGAGAGGAUUAGACGGCAGAGGAUCGUGUUGGGUGGACUGCAAGAGGUGAAAGAUGGGAAGGUCGGAGGUAUGGGUUGAAGCGCGAUUGAUGGUACACAGUGCGCUUCUUGCAGUGCUGCAUGCUGGUUCUCCCGUACGGCCGGUGUAUGAACGGCUUGAGGGAGCAGGAGGACACGUCAAGACUGGCGUGUGCCUGCUGACUG